AUGGCUGCUGUAAGCGCUCUACUACUUCUACUGCCUGUAGCAUGGACUUGUGCCCCCCAGAAAGCAGGUGAAUAUUUUUUUCCUUAAGGAGAGUGGAAUCCCUAUCCAUAUGACACCAUGGAACAGGUUCCAUCAGCAUCCUCUAAGAUUGGCUUUUCUCUGUGCUUGUUGUUCAUCAGACUAUGUGAUGGUGUCAUGUUUCCCCAAUGCCAUCAUUGCUAACGUCCCAGAGUGUCCCUACGGCUGGGAGAUCGGCCAGCUGUCCCUGGGAGGGCUGUGUUACAGCGGUGUCAACAGCCCAGGAUACUUUCGCUUCACCAUCCCUGACCUGACACCCAAAAACAACUCAUACUGUGGCACUCACGCCGAGGUGAUAUACUGAACAUAGCUUUAAUGGAGGGGGUAAGCUUGCCUGAGACCUGAAGAGUUGCAGGUCUGAGCAAGGUAUUCCAGCUAAAUGCAAAGUGAUAGGCCUAAAGAGUCAACAACCCAUCCUCAUUCUUUGGCGUGUCUGCUAUUUUUUCCCAGUAUAUUGGUGGUAAAGACCCCAAGUAUGUCUUCUACAACUCCAUUGUGUCCAAUGACACUUCACUAACAGUCAGAAACCAGCCGGUCAACUACACGUUCAGCUGCACAUACCGGGCCGCCUACUUGGUCAACAACGCCGUCUUCAGCCAAAGGUAAGCACCAAUCCUGGCAUUUAGGUCACCGCUGGUACCUUCUGGAGAGCGUUUGCAUUCUAACCCAAUGACUUGCAGUGUUUUUACUAAACCCUUUGCUUCUUUCAGAGUGGCUACAGUUUUUGUCAACAACGGGAGUUUAGGCACUUUUAGUUCACAGUUGUCUAUGAACGUGUUCACUGUGAGUACCUCAAGGUUUGGUUCUUAUCAACUUCCUGGACAAAGAUUAAGCCUAGUCUAGGACAUUAAAUGGAUAUUCUCCAUAAAGCAUGCUUUUUAGUCCAUGACUAGGCUUAGUCUGGGCCUGGGGAAAUAGGUUAUUAGCUGCUUGAGUGUAAAAUGUAAUACUAACAUUAGUUUAGUAAUAUUAUGGAGAUAAUAAUUUGUCCAUUACUUGUAAGGAUCACUCAAGUCGUAAAAGUAAACUCAAUGUGAAUAUACAUAUAACUGACUAACCUGUGUUCAUGUCUUUAGAAUUCCAAGUUCCUGUAUGCCAAAGACGCCCCCUAUGUGAUUGACACAUCAGAGAUUGGCUCUGAAGUGUUCAUUGGGAUUGAAGCCAAAGGACUCAGCAACAGGUACUCACAACAGACAGUAUAUUUGUAUAUAUAGUUUGCACAUUUGUAUGUCUACUGAACAAAAAUAUAAAAACAACAUGCAACAAUUUCAAAAAUGUUACUGAGUUACAGUUAUGUAAGGAAAUCGGUCAAUUGAAAUAAAUUCAUUAGGCCCUAAUCUAUGGAUUUCAAAUGACUGGGCAGGGGCGCAGACAUGGGUGGGCCUGGGAAGGAAUAGGCCCACCUGCUGGGGAGCCAGGCCCAGGCAAUCAGAAUGAGUUUUUCCGCACAAAAGGGCUUUAUUACAGACAGAAAUACUCCUCAGUUUCAUCAGCUGUCCGGGUGGCUGGUCUCAGAUGAUCCCGCUGGUGAAGAAGCCGGAUGUAGAGGUCCUGAGCUGGUGUGGUUACAUGUGGUCUGCGGUUGUGAGGCCGGUUGGAGGAACUGCCAAAUUCUCUACAACGACGUUGGAGGCGGCUUAUGGUAGAGAAAUUAACAUAAAAUUAUCUGGCAUCAGCUCUGGUGGACAUUCCUGCAGUCAGUAUUCCAAUUGCAUGCUCCCUCAAAACUUGAGACAUCUGUGGCAUUGUGUUGUGUGACAAAACUGUACAUUUUAGAGUGCCUUUUAUUGUCCCCAGCACAAUGUGCCCCUGUAUAAUGAUCAUGCUGUUUAAUCAGCUUCUUGAUAUGCCACACCUGUCAGGUGGAUGGAUUAUCUUGUCAAAGUAGAAAUGCUCACUAACAGGAAUGUAAUCAAAUUUGUGCACAAAAUUGGAGCGAAAUAAGCUUUUUGUGCAUAUGGAACAUUUCUGGGAUCUUUUAUUUCAGCUCAUGAAACAUGGGACCAACACUUUACAUGUUGUGUUUAUAUUUUUGUUCAGUAUAGAUAUUCCUCACCCUGCAUAAAGCAAAUACACGUGACCAAAUAUGACAAGAUGCGAAAGUGGGGGAAAAAAACAUAGGUGUUGGAGACAAACAGUGCCUUCAGAAAGUAUUCAUACCCCUUGACUUACUCCACAUUUUGUCGUGUUACAGCCUGAAUUCAAAAUGGAUUAAAUGCAUUUAUUUUCUCUCACCCAUCUACACACAAUACCCCAUAAUGACAAAAUUAAAAUAUGUUUUUAGAAAUGUUGGCAAAAGUUAUUGAAAAUGAAAUACAGAAAUACAGUAUCUCAUUUACAUAAGUAUUCACACCCCUGAGCCAAUACAUGUUAGAAUCAACUUUGGGCGCGAUUACAGCUGUGCGUCUUUCUGGGUAAGUCUUGAAGAGCUUUGCACACCUGGAUUGCACAAUGUUUGCACAUUAUUAUUUUUUUAAUUCUUCAACCUCUGUCAAAUUGGUUGUUGAUCAUUGCUAGACAUCAUUUUCAAGUCUUGCCAUAGAUUUUCAAGUUGAUUUAAGUCAAAACUGGAACAUUCAAUGUUGUCUUGAUAAACAACUCCAGUGUAUAUUCGGCCUUGUGUUUUUGUUUAUUGUCCUGCUGAAAGGUGAAUGAAUCUUUCAGUGCCUGGUGGAAAGCAGACUGAACCAGGUUUUCGUCUAGGAUUUAGCCUGUGCUUAGCUCUAUUCCGUUUCUUUUUUAUCCUGAAAAACCUCCCAGUCCGUAACGAUUACAAGCAUACCUAUAACAUGAUGUAGCCACCACUAUGCUUGAAAAUAUGGUGUGAGGUACUCAGUAAUGUGUUGUAUUGUAUUUUCCCCAAACAUAACACUUUGUAUUCAGGACAGAAAAGUUAAUUGCUUUGCCACAUUUUUUGCAGUAUUACUUUAGUGCCUUGUUGCAAACAGGAUGCAUGUUUUAGAAGAAAAAAUAAUCUGUACAGGCUUCCUUCUUUUCACUCUGUCAGUUAGGUUAGUAUUGUGGAGUAACUACGAUGUUGUUGAUCCAUCCUCCGUUUUCUCCUACCACAGCCAUUAAACUCUGAAACUGUUUUAAAGUCACCAUUGGUCUCAUGGUGAAAUCCCUGAGCGGUUUAAUUCCUCUCCGCUUUUCAUUUUAAAUUCAUUUGUAAAAAGUUCUAAAAACAUAAUUUCACUUUGACAUUAUGGGGUACUGUGUGUAGGCCAAUGAUGCAAUCUCAAUGUAAUCCAUUUUAAAUUCAGGCUGUAACACAACAAAAUGUGGAAAAAGUAAAGGGGUGUGAAUACUUUCUGAAGGCACAGUAUUUGUAUCAUGCAACAUCCAUUCACCCUUGAAAACAGCACUUCUCUGGAUAGAAAUGAAGAAAAAGAAGGGGAUGACAAUUCAAAGCAGAUCCCCUUCUCUUGAAUAUAAUUGUCCAAUAUUCUUUGCUCUCCCAGAUUCAAAGUGGUGAUAAGCAACUGCUGGGCGACACCCACUCCUUACUCAACAGACAAGAAGAGGUGGAAUCUUAUCAUCAACAGGUAUUUCAGUGAAAACUUGCAAAUGUGGGGGGCGGUUACCAACCUAAUUCUCACUGCAUGCUGAUCAAAACCCCACUUUGUGGAAUAAACAAAAUUAAUACUGAAUUGCAUUGAACUUUCGUACAGGUGACACAGCUGUUCCUAUUUUCCCAAACAUUUCAUCAAACAUUCAAUCAAUUGAGGUCUCUCAUUCACAGCUGCUCGUAUGACAAAACUGUGACCAUUUUCGAGAACGCCAAAGACAGCCGCUCCAUGUUUAAGUUCAACUCGUUCCGCUUCCAGCGCCAGGAGAAGGUGUCCACUGUUUGGCUUCACUGCGAGGUUGGGGUUUGUGACGGGGAAAAACUCUCAUGUCAGCCAGUAAGUAUGACAUUUUACCGUCCUACACAUGUAACAUGGGAGAAUUGUGAUAAAUAAGCAAAACUAACGGAGGCAAUAUUUGCCUAGUCGCCAGGAUGUCGACACUGGAUAAGGGUCUUUCUAUAAACUAGGGUACCAGUGAGCAUUUCUUGUAGUGGACAACUGUUUGGAGCUGUUACAAAGUCAUUAAUAAUAAUUAGCAAAACAUAUUCAUUUGAAUACAUUAAGAUAUAAAGGGGGAACAUAGAUAAAUUCAAUUCAACAUUCAUGAGUUGAAUCAAAACCUAUGUUUCUUAUGCUUUCUCAUGCUUGGAGUCUUCAAAGAUUUGGCAAAUAUCAUGCGACAUAAAACAUUACCUUUCUUUCCUUACAUUUAUGAUACUGUUGUUUGUCGUUAUAUCAUAUACUAACCGUUUAACAAUUAAAUUACACAUUGAACUUGAUCCUGUAAAAUUCCUGGAUAUUGCUGUUGGACUCUUUUUUUGUAUGGAGAUCUCGGAAGUGUACUGUAACCUCAUAACAUUUCAUAUCUCCCUAUGUUACGGAUUGCAAACAGUUGUCAUGGGCACACACAUCCAAAAUAAUUAUGCGAUUGCAGAAUGGAAUGCUUCUAACAGAACGAGUAACUUUAACAUGACUAAUAAAACAAAAACCUAUACUGUCAUUAAGUGGGUUUUUCAAUAAUCACGCAUAAUAGUUGUUUGAUGCGCGUUUGAUGUCUAGCUGUUUAGUUACGGACAUUAUCGCGCAAUAUCAGCUGAUUCAGGAAAGGAUUUUAUGAAUGACAGUCAAGUGAUAAAGAGCUCGUGUGAUACUGCACAAGAACAAGACUAAACAACAGCCAAAGGGAAUGAAUGUGGAUCUCGAGGAUUGACAGAACAUUUUGGUGUCUAUGUUGUUAGGUGGUCAAGAUAAUUAGUCUAUGUCAUGGCCAAAAUGAAGUCAAGAUUCCUAAGAUAACAUAAUAAUGGCUUAUUUUUUUAUUUUUUGCAUGUGAAACCAAAAAACUACUUGAUAUUUAAAUGUUCACAAGUGGGUGGGGUUACAUUUGGAGGGCCUGUCAUUGGUCAAGUGCACAGCCAAUACUUCCUGUCCUUUCAAAGUAGGUAGCCUAGCGGUUAAAGAGCAUUGGGCCAGUAACCUCCGGCCGCCAAUAACGUCGAUUAAUUCAGCCCCUCGCACCACUCUGAUUCAGAGGGGUUGGGUUAAAUGCGGAAGACAUUUCAGUUGAAUGCAUUCAGUUGUGCAACUGACUAGGUAUCCCCUUCUAACUCUAUUAUAUGAAUCUAUUAAAUAAUUGAUUCAUAGUUGCCCAUACAGUGCCACAGUGCCAAGAUAAGGUAAGAUUUCUCAAUUCCUGCACAAGAUUUAGUGUGUAUUGACUUAUUAAUGAACUACUGUUACUGUAAAUGGUUAGCUGACUGAUAUAUCCUAGCUACCUAGCUACCUAGCUAACCAUUGGUAAUCUUAUUCAAUGAUGCCAUACAUCCAAAACAACAGUAUAUAUUGCUAGAUUAGAGAUAUGCGAAGUGGUUGCACAUUGAACUAGCUGGAAUGAAGCAAGGGUGUGAAUAGUAGACAUGUAAAUAUAUCCUUUCACUGUUUACAGCAGGUCUCCAGCUACCCAGAACUGUCUGAUCAGCCUGAUAGGGUGACGUGGGUGUGUCCCGCUUACACCUGUGCAAAUCUGUGUGUGUAUAGCAAUGGAAUGAAACAUUCAAACAAGGCCUCAAGUGUUGUGCCUUAGGUCCACCACACACCCAAAGGGUUGUGGGGUCCUGUCCAGAAACAACCCCUAGCUCCUACUCCUAAACACUUAUGGAGAUCUGAGAGGAUUGGACAGGAGUAAGCAAUACCGCCAAAAUUCCACCAAGCCUAUCAGAGGGUUAGAUGGAGCUCUCACCAUGUCACCACCCAUCAAGCCCUCUCAGAUCUCCACAAGUGUCCAGACUUAGGGCAGUAAUAAUAAUAACAAUGUAUUACAUUUGUAAAGCACUUUUCAUGAUACUGUACAUGAAUAAACUCAAAGUGCAUGAAAAAAAUUAAACUGUGUGCCCUGAGAUUGUCAGGAAGGGAGUUCCAAAGGCAUGGUGCAUUGGGGAGAAAAGUACCCCAUUGUUCGGAGACCGGUCCUGGGUGCAUGAAGCAGUUUGGCAUGGCUUGACCGUAGGGUGCAUGGAGGUUCAUAGGGGGAGAGUAGAUCUGACAGGUACUCAGGUCCAAUGCUAUUUAGGGCUUUGUAGACCAGGAGGAGAAUUUGAAAGUCAACUAUUUGAGGGACAGGUUGCCAAUGGAGGUCAGCAAGGAUAGGGGUGAUGUUGGCAGACUUUUUUGUUUGUGUCAGAAUCCUUGCAGCACUGUUUUGAAUGAGCUAUAAUUUAUUAAUUGAGUUUAAAGGUAGGCCCCCAAGUAUUGCAUUCCCGUAAUCAAUUCUGGAGAAGACAAAUGCAUGGAUAAGCUUUUCUGCAUCAGAAGUGCUGAGAGAGGGUCUUAGGCGGUAGAUGUUCUUCAGGUGAAAGAAUUGUGUUUUACAGAUGUGACUAAUGUGGGCAUCAAAUUUCACACCCAGGUUGGUGAUGACUGAUGAGAGGGGAAUGAUGUGGCCAUCUUUGGCAGGGCAGAUGAUGCAGGAGUCGGUGAUCUGCUGGGGGUGCCUAUUAACAUUGACUCUGUCUUGCUGCUGAUUAAUUGAAGUUGUUCUGCAUCCAAGACUUAACCUCUUCCAGACAGUUGGACAGAGCAGAUAUUGAGGGGCAAGGGGUUGUUUCUGGACAAGCCAUGGGUAUUAUGGUAGCUCAGUCUAUAAGUCAGUCAGUCAGUCUGACACUGUCUAAAAAUGUUAAUAGCUGUCAACUACUUGCAUCCUCUGUCCUUGGGAGAAUCUCAAUUGCAUGAUUUGUCACAUCCUCGCUCCUCAUCUUCUUCUCAAAACCCAUUGGAUGAGAAGGUCAGAGGUCCCUCCCCUUUCACCUUCUUAUCCAAUGGAUUUUGAGAAGGAGGCGAGGAGAGAGGAUGUGAGGAAUCAAGGAAAUGCAAUUGAGAUUCUUCCCUUGUUCCCUUUAUACCUCACCUCCCUCUCAAAGCACAUUGUGGGAGAGGAUUGAAGGUUCCCCCCUUCGGGCUCCAAUGCACUUUCAAAGAGAGGCAAGUAGUGGAGGAAUCAAGGACAGAGGAAGCAAGAAUUUGACGGCUAGUUUUCAGAUACAGACUCACGCAUGCACGCAUGCACAUACACACACACAAUACUUGAAGAGUUUACUGAUUAUAAUGAUUUCAUUAUUGGUUAUUAUUAUUGUCAAUUAUUUUGCUGACAGAACCCAUUGUAUUAUAUUAUUAUAUGAAAUUAUUACAUUAACUAUUAAAAAAUAUAGAAAUGCUGUUGUUGAUAAUUUUCAUUCUUCAGGAAUGUUUAGCAUGGCUUUAAAUGAUAGAGAAGUUGACUAAAGCACAAACAGACCUGGCUACUAGGCAUGACAAAGAAACAUGUGGUGUCCAUGUUUUAUGUGACAUUUUGAAUGACAUGUAGAUAUUUUGUUGUUGCUAGGUGUUAUGGCCUCAUUGUGCCUAUCUAGACUGUUAUUCUUGUAACUACACAUGUGAAGCUGCAAGAAAAUCAUGUUUAAAUGUAUAUCAAACCAUUUUGAAAUGUUGACCCUGACGUCACACAUUGGCCACUUUAUUUAUAGAAUGAACCAUAAAUGCAAACUCUGUCAUUGCACCUAAAAACGGUUUAGGUGCAAUGCCUUCCACUCACACUGUCCAAUUAAAAUACAUACUUUUUACUUAUAUGCAUAUUCCAGUUUAUUGCAUCCACAACACACCUAACCCAUUACAUUUAUCAGGAGUUGGUUGGAUACAGCUCUGAUCAGCAAAGAGGUCAUUAAACACUAUAUCCUCUAAUCUUUUUAAGGGCCCAUGCACGGCCAGAAGCAUCCCUUCUGAAGCAGAGCCAAGUGGCGGUAUCCUCACCACAGAGUUCCACCUUAAAGGUACAUCUUUUCAUCUUGAUGUAACAUUUCCUGACCUAUCACUUGUGGUUCCUCUUUGCCUAUGUAACAACUAAGGGGUGGUAUAGUCUACACAUGCAAUAUAAUGUUACAUAGCAUUAGAGGCUCCUUUUUUGUUUUUGUUUAAUGUUUUUAUAUUUUUUAUAAUUGAAAAUCAAUUGAUAAAUUGGUCAUCAUUUUUAAAAAUGUUUUUAACACCAGCAAGGUGCCAAAGGUCUUGCUUGUGCUGUAUGGUGUAAUGUUUGACUUCCAUCAUUAUUUGCUGUCUGCCUUUCUCUAUAUGUCUCACUGUGUUUCCCACAGCUAAUGAGUCUUCCAAUAAUGAACACAUCACAGGUAAUUAUCUAAGAGCCGAUCCCAUGGAAUAAUUACAAUAAAAAUCUAUAUUGCCUAUUAUCAAUCAGUUGACCACUGUUACUGUUACCACUGAGUUGAUGUUGUGUUUUUAAUGCUGCUGCUGACUCAGAAAUAGAAAGCUUGCUGAAGUGACACAUUUAUGCUGAUACAGUAAAUUUAUGCUUUAAAAAAAGGCUCGCAUACCCUUUUUUAUUAUCCCACCAGUUAGUACUAUUGUAGUCUAUUGCAAUUGCACUUAUGAUGUCCUCCUAUUUGUGUUUCUCCUAUUUCCUGUUUCUACCCUGUCUCUUUCUUGUUUCUCUCAGGCACAUCUCUAUGUAUCCUGUGUAUAGUCCUGGUAAACACACUGUUGGGUUGUGUGAAUCUACCUAAAAUGUAGAAGAUAUAAUUGUUUUAGAACUAUAUGUGUGAAAAACUACUACACUUUUGGAGCGGAUAUGAAACUACAUAGACAUGCUGCUCACAUAUACUGACAUGCUAACACACGUGGAAACAAAGAUACAUACAUUUUACAUUUUAGUCAU